AUGCCUCAUUCAGAUACUGAGUCCACAGGGUCGGAGAUCAGCUUCGACUACGAAGAUGACGACAAUCUGGUGAUCCUGUUUGAGGAAGCCUACAGUGACGAUGCUUCUCAAGGCACCCAGGAGGAUUAUCCACAAGAUGAGCCGCAAAACCUUACUCUGCGUCUGAAGCCUUCGCCAAACUACCUUACGCUGUGCCAUUACAGGCCAAUGAAGCUCAGCUGGUACAUCAUGGAAAGGAUGAUAAUACCUGCUCGGAAGCUCACGAAUACCUUGAUUCUCGGACACUCUUUGGACGAGAUAUUGGUGAUGUUGCACUAUAAGAAGUGGCUGGUUGACGAGCUAACAAGCGACUUUUACGAUGACCUGGACAGACUACGAGAGAAGUGUGGUCUCUGCCGAGAACUGAACAUGACAUAUCCCAUCACCAAGCAUGAAGACUACAUGUGCUACAUUUGCUGUGAGUCAGGACCAAUGGAGACAUUCAGCUUAUCUUGUGGGCAUGAGUUUUGCGUUCAGUGCUAUGGCCAGUAUCUAGAUGGGAUCAUCAAGAAGGGAGAACUCGCUCAGUGCAUGGAUCCUCAGUGCAAGAUGGUCUUGUAUCAUUCUGAUGUGGAGAAACUCUUACAGUUCGUUCCACCCGAGGAAGAGGUGCCCAUGGAAAAGCUAGACAUUGACUCUGAUAGCAGCGAUGAGGAGGAAAAUGCCGACAACAAUGUGGCCGAUUUCAACAAUUACGAGGUGAAUCUUGCCACUGAAUACGACCUUCAUUUCAAUAAUGUUGAGUUUAAGAAUGAGUCAUGGCCCAAUGAAUCCAGUGAGCCACUUCUCCGAAAUGCGCUUCUCCAAGCAGCGGCAAAGCUGGCACUCGAAGCAUCAAGAAAACGGUUCCACGAAAGAAAAGAAGUCGAUACUGGUGGCAAGGCAGAGAGGCAGAAUGCUCUCAACCGUUAUCUUCAUUACUACAAGCGUUUUGCGGUGCAUCAGCGCUCCAUGAAAGGAGACGAAAAAACCCUUGCCAGCAUACAUCGCUACAUGCUUUUGUACAUGAAGUCACAGACGACUAACAACAAGAAAAAUGUUUCGUGGAAUGAUGCUCAAUUCAUGUCAGAUGCGAUCCGGAGUCUUAUUGGAGGCAGAAGAACAUUGAUGUGGUCUUACGCAUUCAUGUUUUACCUUGACAAGAGCAAUUAUUGCGAUAUUCUUGAGGGCAUGCAAGACUAUCUCAAUGACAGCGUAGAAUCGCUUUCGAAGAUUUUCGAGGAUGUUGGAGCGGAAAAGAAAAAGAAGCCGGAUGAGCUUCGUCACAGAGCCAUUCGAAACGAGCAGAUCAGACAUAGCUCCACUUCUGCCCUCGAACCUCCUCGUGCAGUGGCACCGCCCUUGAAGAAUAUUCAAAUGGUUCAUGAUGCCCCGUUCAGAACCCUUAAUCCUCCGACACAUUCGCAUAAGUUUGGCAACAGAUGGGCUCAGUUCAAUUUGGAAGAAGUACAGCAGAGGCCGACAUCAGCUACAGGUGAUUCCGCUGAUAGUUCAGCUCCUGCUCCACACAAGAGACGUAUUAACAUUUCUCCCAUGACUCAACUAAAACCUGCAUUACAAUCUCAGACAUCAGAUUCCGAGAGCUCGCCCGGUGAUAGAGAUCAAGCUGAAGCAUCAGAUGCUUAUCAUUCCCAUCCGUCGAAUGUUUCGUCAAUUACUGAGAAGUCUCUGGGCCAGUCAUGGGCUCUGUUGAGUCGCUCGGGUAAAGUAAGCAGCCAUGCAUCGAUGAAUACACUUGUGCCGAUGCCCAAGAGCAAGAUCGAGUUGAACAGAGGCGCCAAUGACGACGACGAAGAAAUAAAUGACAGGAUUGAUAGGGACGAGGACCGACAACUUGCAACUGGAGAUGCGGACGACGUUGAGACCACGGAUAUGCUGGCAAUUUUUGAGAUUGCCAAAGAGAUUCAAGACUUUCAAGAUUUGGUUGCAAGACAAGGUAACCAGAAGUCCGAGGGUGCUAACCGUACCACACAAAAGAUGCUUGACCUCAAGCAAUAUCAGGAAGAGCAGGAUGCGCUGGUUGUGUCACACCUGCUCGACCAUGCUGUGAAAAUCCAGAACGAGGCACUUUUAUCUACCUGGACGUCAAUACGACUUCGAUUCUCUAGUCAUGUUAUUGGAGACUCUAACUCUAACCUCAGAUGUUCUGCAGGAGUACUCGGAAGUAUUCAACGUUGCCCACUACGGGCCAAAUCGCAUGAGACGAAUAUGGUGGAUGCAUCUAAUAAAGACGAAUACCUCAUGAAUUUGUGGACUGAAGAGCUUCAGGAAACAUUCGACGGUCGUCUCAGGCUGACACUGAUAAGCAAUGAUGAAGGCGAGGAUAUAUACAGCGGGCCAUCCGACAUGUCCCACAUGGCACUGCAUACACAUCCGGAAGAUGAGCUCUACGGUGAAGACAUUCGAAGGCCUCAAGCCAGCGACGAUAGUGAGGAAGAAACUUCAGAAGAAGAAACUCCACCCCCAAGGCCUCCUGCCAGAGGCUCCGAAUUCACUACUCGUUGGCCUCGAGAAAGAGAAUACAGAGUCAGGCAAUUCGGUGCUGACUCUCAGGUACUCGGGUCCGCUCGUGAAAGACUUCGUCGCCAGACUCUCUCCAGAGCCAGGAUACUCAGAUCACGAAUCCUCGUCUACGAUUCCUUCUCUGAUCUGUUCAUUUUGUGGUUUCAAAACACCGACCACUUCAGAUCCUACGAAUACUUCCUUAGACAUCGUCCUAGCGUGGCAGCCAUGAUCGCCUUGUACGUGUGGAUAUUUCUCACAAACUACAACACUUCCAUGAGUAAAAGAGGUAAUUUGCCGUACGCCUACCAGGAUUUGUUUCCUCAGGCAGCCAACCUGCCCCGUGACUUCCGAACUCCUGGCUCCAUCUCGGCUGCGUCAUUUGCCGAGUCAUCCUCGAGAAACACUGCAUCGGCCUUCGCUCCAGCCAGAACACAUGAUAGACAAGGCUUGUUAGGCAAUUGGAAGAGAUUGUUCAAACGACUCUUCAAGCCGAAAACUCUUGACUUUGAAACCGCAACAUGGGAGGUGUUCCACUUGAUCGUGAACCCUAGAAAGAUGUACAGAUCAAACUACACAUACAAACAGCAGAACAGCAGAAGAUCCUCCUACGCCAGAGAUGACCCUUCGUUUUUGAUCUUGCUUACAGCACUCUUGUCUUUUAGUGCAAUUGCAUGGGGAUUGGCCUACCUGCCACACUUCUGGGACAUUGUCAAGCUAAUUAUCAAUAUGGUGUGCGUGGACUUCUACGUGACGGGUUUCUUCAUCGCCACUUUGCUGUGGCUUCUUACGAACAAGUUGGCAAACCCGCUGUUCUCAAUUCCCCAUGCCUUUUCUGCUACUUCUCGUUAUAAUGUCAACUACAUCGAUUGGACCUUCUGUUUCGAUGUCCACUGCAACUCGUUUUUGAUGAUCUGGUGCCUUCUCUACAUGUUGCAGUUCUUCUUGCUUCCCCUUAUAAACAGCAAAAAACUGUUCGUUUCUUUGUUGUUGGGAAACUCGCUUUACUUCGGUGCUGUGGGGUACUACUUCUUACCAGGUCAGGAGCGGGAGUUAACCCAGCUAAAGUACUACAACUUAUUAUAA